AUCGCCAACAUGGAGGUCGUCACAUGAUUUCUUCCGACUUCAUUGCUAUGCUCUAAAUUUGUGCUGACACUCCCGGAAGAAAACACACAGAGGGAUUAUUAUUGUUGAUGAUCAUGCCUGGCCACAGCGAGGGUGGAGUACGGGCGACUGGAGGGCAGGUGGACGAGAUGGUGAUGGCAAUGAUAGACUCGGCCUAUGAUAAAAAUGAAGACACUCAAGAGAUGAUAGGAUCAGCCCUCCUUGAGUUGGGGAGAAAACAGCCAGCCCUGGUCCUUAGUUCUUGUUAUACUUAUCUCAAGAAGCAUUCCAAGCUUAACCAUGGCCACAGAGUUGUGAUCCUAAAUGCCAUAGAGAAGAUACUGAAAGAGACACUGGAUGAACUGAAGGAAUCUCUGGCAGCUGAUUUGAUAGCUCAGGCAUCUGAAGAACUCACAGAAUCAAAGGAAGUGGUGCCAGAGUGGCAGACGGCUGCCAGUGGUGUCCUGGUGGCAGUAGGCAAGAAGUACUGCACCCUGGUUAUGGAGAACCUGGUGGCGAAAUUCCAGCCUGGAGUGAUGCCACAUUUCUUUGUUGUACAGACCAUGGCUAAUCUGGCCACAGCAAACUCAUUUGGAAUUGUGCCUUUCUUGAAUGUAGUCUUGGGAACAAUGCUCCCUCUGCUGGGCAUGGCCAAACAUGACAACAUGAAGUGGGUGUUCUCCUCAGCUCUGGGAAAAUUCAGCGAGGCCAUAUUGGACUAUGUUGUCAAUAUUGAAAAGGCCCCAGAUCCUAAUGUGAAGAAGGAAGCCUUUGCCGGAGAGAUAUACUCUGCCUAUGACAUACUUUUUAAUGUGUGGUUACAGUCCAAGGAGGCUAAGCUCCGUCUUGCCAUUGUUGAUGCCUUGGGGAACAUGGCGCACAUCAUGAGUCGCGAAAACUUGGAGGAGCAGUUACCACGGCUCAUCUCCGGCAUUUUGAACCUGUACAAAAAGCACGCCGCGGAGUCCUUCCACAUAACACAGGGCCUCUGCAUGGUGCUGGACGCGGCGGUGCAGGGCGAGUGCACCAUACUGGAACCACAUUUGGACUUGGUGCUAAAUAAUCUGUUUACUCAGGCCUGUAGCCUUCCAGAUUUCAAUGUCCCAGGAUCUAUCAAAAACCACAACGAGGUGCUAAGGUGCUUCUCUGUAAUUGCCACUGCUUUCUCAGACAGACUGGUGGGUUACCUACUGACAAAGUUGGAGACAAGCAAUGAAAGAACCAAGAUUGCCACACUGAUUAUUUUCAAACAACUCAUCAAUACUGGAGGAGAGGCUAUGGAGAACAAGAAAGCUCUUAUUGUGUCUGGAUUGAAAGGAUUGGCACUGAAUGAAACUAACAACAAGGUGAAGAAAGUGAUAGCCCAGGUGGUCAGUGCUAUGGCCCAUCAUGGUCACCUGGAGGAGGAAGGUGGACAGUUGAUGGUUGACUUUGUCAUCAGACAGUGCUCUUUACCAGAUGAUACAAAAACCAGGUCCAAUGACCCAGAACAUGUGAGCAACUGGGCCCUGAGGAAGAUGUGUGAGAAUGUGCUGCAUCUGAUUACUACCACAAUAGAGGGAAUAGAUGUAGUUCUAUGGCCAUAUCUUCUGGAAUUUCUUCUCCCAGUUCAGCACACGGACGCCAUGGGGGUCAUUUGUAAGAAUGUCGCUUUCUUGGCCAGUCAGAAGAGAGAAAAUAAUGAUGAAGACUACAUGAUUGACUUUGAGGAUAAAGCCAAUGUUCCCAAACCAACAGCUAUGAUUGCGAGAUUAAUUGUGCUUGCUGGUAGACCCACAAAUGGAGGCAAUAGGGGACUCCAUGUCCUACAGGCCAUGCAGGGACUGUCACCCAAUCUUAAUGAGGGCCUGGUGGAACUGUGGGACACUGUCAUACCAAAACUAGUCCAGUAUUUAGAAGGUGCAGAAGAUGAGAAGUGGAACCAAAAGAACUGGGAAGAUUUGGCACUCAAGAUGUUGUCCAAAUCCCUGGAUGAGGUCAAUGAUGAGGACUGGAUAGAAGAGUUAGGAGCAGUUAUGGGAGAGCAAAUACCACUAUAUACCAACUAUCCUGAGGAGAAGAACUUCAUCUUUAAAUGCAUUGGUAUAAUCAUGAGAAAGUCGACUAAGAAAGAAUUUGUCAACAAGCAUCUGACUGUUCUCUUCAAUAGUGUCAACCACACUCACCAGGUGGAGAGAGAAGGGGUGGCUAUUGCAUUUGGAUUUGCUGCAUCCUCUCACUUGGACAGUGUGCUGACAAAACUGGAGAGCGUUGCCAAAAAUGAAAUGGCCAAAAAAUCAUCUGGAUUUCUUGGUUUUUUGAAGGAAAAAGCCACCAGCUCAGAUGCAGAUUUGGAGAAGAUUAAAGCCACCACCAUGUUAUGUUAUGGCUUUGUCACUUUGUAUGCCCCGGCCACUCUCAUUGUGUCCAGAAUAGAGGCUACCAUUAUGAGGAGUAUCACACCUCACUUCUCACAUGUCAAGGACAACAUGGUGAAGCAGAACCUGAUCCGUACAGUUGAGUUGAUAGGGAAGGCUCUCCACCCAGACCAUCUGAUGCAGACCCAUAGUCUUACCAACAGAGGAGAGCUUCUGGGACACAUGCAGGAUCUCUUUGGAAAUGUAUGGAGACUGGCAGAUCUACAGGGUUAUAUGAAAGCAGAGGGCACUGCCCAUCUCCCCUCUGAGACCAGGGCACUGGCUAUGAAUGCCUGCGCCACACUGGUUAAAUUGGACCCCAUUCUCUCUGAUGCUGAACUCUUCGAUCUUAUCAAGACUUCCACAGACUGUGUCUUCCCACUGCCAUUAGAUGGCACCACAGGCAAGAAGGGCAAAGAGGAUCCAGACCAGCAGUUAGAGCAUGAAGUUUUACUAGAAAGCACCUUGGAAGCCUUGGAUGAUUUACUAAAAGAAAUCCUCUUAAAGAAUCUUUCACCUGCAGGCCUGGAGAGCAUAUUUAAGCACCUGGUGCCGUGGAUGUUGUCUAUUCACGAGCAUGAACGUCUCCGUGCCAUAAGAACAACACACAACUUGCUGCAGUGCUAUCUUGAAAAGUUUGAGUUUGGAAUGGGGAGUGGUUCCCCAGUGUUCACAACCCUCCAGCUCCUCCUGGGCCGCCUCAUUCCAAGGUGUACUGACAGUGAAGUAGACAUCAGGCAGCUGUCCAUAGAGACGGUACAGACCACACUCAAGAUACAGUUGAGAUAUGAAGGAAAUCCUCCAGGCCACAAAGACCAGAUGGUGGAUGCUCUCCCCACACUCAAAGACAGGGUGAAGAAAAAUGACCCCAAUCUUCUCUUUAGUGUUAUCAAUGACUUAUCAAAGGUGCUGGCUAAGAAGGUCCCCAGUGGUCAGUUACAGGGCCUGGUGGACCUCUUAAUGCAAGGACUGCUGGACUCUCAGUCCCACAGUUCAUCAGGAGCAUGUGUGGCCCUUAACAGUUUGUUCAAGUCAAGGGGAGGGGAGCUCCAUGAGCAGGUGUCACGCCUGAUAAGAGAGUUACAUGACAAGCUGGCCUUGAUCACGUAUCCACAAACACGGACAGGGACCUUACGAGCCAUACGAACGCUGGCAACACAUCACCUGAUUUCUGUAGUCACUGCGCUGCUCAACUUUCGUCUUCCAUAUGACGAACACAUCGUGGACUGUUGGAAAACCCUGGCACAAGAUGCCCAGCUCACAAACAGUAUAUUUAGCCACAUUCUAGAACUUCUGUCAAGGAGCUUGCCCUAUGAGGAGAAAGCGUCAAACAAUGACAAAGAGGAUCCAAUAAGGACUGCCUGCCAGCUCCCUCUGGCUGCCACAUCAGCAUUACAUGUGAUAUUUCAAGUGGAAGAAACAGAGGCUCAGGUGCUGCAAAACUACAACAGAUUGUUUGUGUCUUUGUUGAUUGAAAUAUGUUCUAUGCUUGAUGUACAGCCCCCUAAAGAGAAAAAGGAUGAUACAAAAGAGGAAACAAAGAGUCCAAGAGGGAAAAAAGGCGCUCAACCCAAAGAAGUCAAAUUGGUGCCCAGCAAUAUGUGUGUUGAAGCUUUCAAAGGCCUGCUGGAGAGAUCUAAAAGUGAGGGUGUCAUGGAAGAUCUGGACGCUGAGAACACAUGGGAAAAUCUUCAAAACAAGGAGACAUUCACUGAAGCUGUGACUACGCUAGCCAGGUCUGUGUGUACUCACCAGGGGGAGUGUGUGGCCAAGCUAGUCUCCUGUCUGACCCCAGUGUUCACCAGUCUCUAUGACCCACAGAGGAUAGGGGCUGUAGCUUUCUGUGCUGAGCUAAUACAGCAACGUUGUGCGGGUGAUCUCACCUUAGUGGAACUUCUGAUGAACAGCUUACUGGGAAGACUUGUGGACUCGAACCACAAAGUCAGGAUGGUCUGUAUAAGAGGUCUGGGAAAUGUGUCCAGUGUCGGCUCUGAGCAGGUUCAAAAGUUUUCAACCACGGUGUUGUCGGCCAUGAUGGCAGGAAUGGAUGACAAGGAUGAUAUAGAUGAUGACAUCACACUGGAGGCAAUGGAGGGGCUGUCAAAACUGCUGGAGCAGAUCAAUGAGAGUCAUAUACGAGCCAUACUGAUCAAUAUCUCACUGAAGAUUCGACCUUGCUUUGAAAAGGACAAAGAGGCUGUGAGAGCAGCUGCAUUUACCUUAUUUGGUAAUCUUUCCAAAUUUGGAGAUGGUCCUUCUAGAGCACCUUUCCUCGAGCAGAUUCACACCAACUUUGUCAGUCUUCUCCUCCAUUUGAACGACCCAGAGGAACAAGUGCAGAAGUCCUGCAAGUUUGCUCUACGACUGCUAGGCCCUCUGAUGGGGUCUACUGCUAUCAAUGGCAUGUUCCAGAAACAUCUUCUCGAAGAUGCUCGCUUGCACUAUGGUGAAUUCAUGAAUGACCUGUCCAAGAUUAUCAUCAAAGACAUCCCCGAUAAGGUGAACUUUUAUGUCAUGGGUUGUGUGUCCUUCUUUAAGAGUCAGUGGCCAGAGAUAAAGUGCAAUGCUGCUAUGUUUGCGGGUUUCCUUAUGGGCAACUUGAGCAAAGAUAAACAUACUCUUGUGAGCAAAGAACAUGUGUGCGGAGCUCUCAUUCUGUUACUAAAGGACUCCUCCCCCUCUGUGCGUAGUAAGGCAGCAGAAGCUAUGAGCUGGCUGUACGAUUACUGAUCAUGAGAUGUCAGUGGAGAAUAAUGUGAUUUAUAAAGCAAACCAUCAUGUGCACAUGCUGCAGACCAAAGAGAGUUAAGAGGACUUAAAACAUUCAAAUAAAGCAUUCCAUUGCAUAAUGUCUAUCUGUAAGGGAAUUCCUGCACAUGUGCCCUGCCCUUAUAUUAAUUAACAUACAAACAGGCAUCAUUGGCAAGACCUUGAAGGUUUCAAGUUAAUUAUUGGAUCUAAACAAAAGUACAGCCUCAAUGGGACAAAAAAGCAUAUCAGUGGGGCUUGAACUUUAAAUUCAAUCAUGAUGAAACUGACCCUUGUUCAUAAUAUAUAUGAUUUAAAUAUAUGCAGUCACUACGAUGUUCUUCAUACUGCUGAAAAUUUUAAUCAUUGUGGCUCGAAUUAAAAAAAGGUUGAUUUGGAAAUGUAUGCACAGUUGUUUAAAUUAUAAGGUAGUUGUUUGCUGUGAUAAUAACAUGGAAAUAUUGUAUUGUGUGCAUAAGCAAGAAAACCAAAAGAUGAAACUGUGCAAAGACUAAGAAAGGGUUAUCCAGAAGUUGACUGAAAUAUUGUCCUUUUCUUACUUAUUUUUCAAGGGAAUUAAGCAGGGUUUGGUUAUUUACUUUAAUGUGGAGUGCACAUAUAAAAGUUAGCUUAAUUAUUGUUAAUUUAUCAAGGUGAAAAGUAUUUAUGUUAAAAAAUUAUUUUGCUUAGGAAUUCUAUGUCAGAUAAACUGAAACAAAGCAACAUGAUUGCAAGUGCGAAGAAUAAUUUUAUGUGGUCAGCCUUAUUUAGUCAUUUAAGGGGUCAGAGUCUGUAGAAGAUUAGGUUUUGGGAUAUUAAAAAAACUGAUUAGAAGGAAGCAAAAUCCUUAGCUAAUUAUGAUGCAUACCGUCCUAGUUAAGUUUGAUGAUUUCAGCAAAAUAAUGUCAGACCUUAAAGGAAGACAUCCAUAUAUUAUGUUUUAAACUGAUUAAAUCAUGAAGUGGAAUUGUGCAGCUGUAUUUAUUAACAACUGCAUAGUACCAUUUAAUUU